AUGCGCCCGUCAAUAAUGCUGCUAGCGGCCUCGGGCUGCCUCGUCGACGCAACAUGGCUCAGGUGGACAGGGGACCAAGAUCUCGUCGGGAGGGGUUCGCAGACCCCGAGGGAAACGGGGGCGGCGGCGGUCGACAUGGCUGAUGGCUGGACACCGAAGCCCACUCCAGCGCCGGGUUCCAUAUCGGGGGCGGACGCCGCGCUGGAGCUGUUUCGACAGAGGCGGGCGACGUCGAAUACCUGGUUGGACGAUACCACCUGUGGCUGGUUCUCCGGCACUUCUUCUUCUGCCUUUACCUGCACGGCGGGCUCGAAAUGCGCGACCGACAGCCAACACGUCGUCGGCUGCGGAUCCGGAGCGUACACGCCGUUCUUCACUGUCUGUCUCGAUUAUCAAGCCUACAAGCAAGGGGCCUGUGCCACCAUUGGGACCAAGACGGGCUGUUGCGACUCGUCCGCCCAUGGCGCCUGCGGCACGUAUCUGUGGCCCGGCAAGACCCAGCGAUCCAUGUACCGAUGCUUCGCGUCUCCGACCAUCAUCUCGAUGAUCGACAAGCCUCAGUUCGUCAUUGACGCCAGUCGCUCCUCAACCAGCCACCCGACGUCGAGCAAAACAGCAUCGCCCACCCCGACAGACCCCUCAGGCGGAAACGACGACGACGACGACGACGACGGUGACUCCGGGUCGGGCAGCACCAACAUCGGCGCCAUCGUGGGCGGCGUGAUCGGCGGCGUCUCAGGCCUCGCGCUCAUCGCCGGCGUCAUUGCAUGGCUCGUGAUCCGCACCAAGGCCCGUCGAAGGUCCUCCGGCCGCGGCAACCAGGCAUACAACCCCGUCCCGCCGAGCGACAACACCUCCCCGGGAUCUGGCGGCCCGCUCCUCCCGGCGUACCAGGCGUACCAGCAGCCGUCGCCGAUGAGCCAGCCCGGCGGCGGCGGCGGCGGCGGUGCAACGACGUUCCCGCCGACGUCUCCGUACCCGGGCGGCGAUCGCCACCGGUACGCCAGCCUCUUCUCGCAGGAGCCCACACCUUCUCCGCCGCCGGUGUACGGAUAUCCGGUUGGAAAGCCGGCAGGCAGCCCGGAUCCGCCGCUCGACGGUGGCGGGUACGUGGCUGUCAACGAGCUGGAUUCAGGGGCGGUACCGUCGGGCCAUCAGGCUAAUCCGGUGGAGAUGGGGGCGGGUCGAUGA